UCUCUCCCUUCCUCUCCCCCGUCUUCCUCUCUCCUCCCUCUCGCGCUAGGGUUUCGAAAUCGGAGCCAUGGCUACGGAGACUGCUGCGAGAUCGAGCUCGGCGGCCGAUUCGUACAUAGGGAGCUUGAUUAGUUUGACUUCCAAGAGUGAGAUCAGAUACGAAGGCGUGCUCUAUAACAUCAACACCGAAGAGUCCAGUAUUGGACUCAGAAACGUACGAUCUUUUGGAACAGAAGGAAGGAAAAAGGAUGGACCACAAAUCCCACCAGGAGACAAAGUCUAUGAGUAUAUUUUAUUCCGCGGGAGUGAUAUCAAGGAUUUACAGGUUAAGUCUUCUCCACCUGUUCAGCCAACACCACCUAUAAACAAUGAUCCAGCUAUUAUCCAGUCUCAUUAUUCCCGCCCAGCUCCUUCAACAUCGAGCUUGCCUGCUCCAGCUAGUGGAUCUUUGACAGAUAUUAAUACCCAUGCUCCACAGAUGGGACUCCCUGGUCCAAACUUCCAAGGUAGUUUGCCAUUAUAUCAACCCGGAGGCAAUUUAGCAUCAUGGGGGGCUACGCCUCCUCCUCCAGGUGCAAAUGGUGGCGCACUUAUGCCAAUGUAUUGGCAAGGAUACUAUGGCCCUCCAAAUGGGCUGCCACAUUUACACCAGCAGCACCAGCAGUCAUUGCUUCGGCCUCCACCCGGGCUGUCAAUGCCUUCUUCACUGCAGCAGCCACUGCAGUACCCCAAUUUUAAUCUCCUACCUACUGGAGCUUCAAACUUGCCUGAAGUUCCAGUGCCCUUGCUUCCUGCUGCUAGUAUUAGUUCCUCUAGUUUGACUGCUACUUCUUUAUCCCCGUCAACAUUGCCAACAAAUCUGCCACCAGUGCCUUCAACAACACUAUCUCUUGAAACUCUGCCAAGCUCAAUGCCUAACAAGGCACCUAGUUCUGCCCCGUCUGCACCUUCUGCAGCCAUGCUUGGUGCAAGCUUGCCAGCACUUUCUUCUCUUGCUACUUCAAGCCCAGAUAUAAGUACUGUUGUGCCACCAAUCUCUAACAAACCUCAUGCAAUUUCUGGUCCCACCUUGCCUUAUCCAAGCGUAUCUCAGACUACUUCUGUUGCUGGGACAUCUACUUCUUUACGCUCGGAAACACUAGUGCCUUCUUUGGUAACCCCAGGCCAGCUGUUGCAGUUUGGAUCUACAGUCCCUUCAUCUCAAUCUUUGCAAACACCUCACAAGGAUGUGGAGGUUGUUCAAGUUUCACCACCAACCUCAUCAGAGCCAUCGGUCCCAGUUUCCACAGAACCGCAGCCACCAAUACUGCCACUACCUCAACAACCUGCACGGGCUGGUCAAAAGGAAUAUGUGCGUUCUCAGCCAAAUGGAGCUCCAUACCAAAAUCAAAAUCGCCAGGGUUAUACUUAUAGAGAGCGUGAAAGAGGACAAGGAACUGGGAGUUCACGUCCCAUAACAAAAUUCACUGAAGAAUUUGAUUUCACAGCAAUGAAUGAGAAGUUCAACAAGGAUGAGGUUUGGGGUCAUCUUGGUAAGAGUAACAAACCUCACAAAGAGGGUGAUGGAAAUGUCACUGAUGAAGAUGAUAUUGAAGAUGAAGACGAGGCUGAGUUAUCGAAGGUUGAGAUCAAGCCCGUCUACAAUAAGGAUGAUUUCUUUGAUACCAUCUCGUGCAAUUCUAUGAGUCAUGACCAGAAUGGAAGGACUAGAUACUCUGAGCAAAUAAAGAUAGAUACGGAGACUUUCGGCACUUUUUCUAGGUAUCGGGGUGGAAGAGGUGGCCGUGGUCCUGGGCGUGGUGGUCGUGGUCGUGGUGGCUACUAUGGAAGGGGGUAUGGAGGUGGUGGUGGUGGCGGCAUGGGUGGUGGUGGCGGCUAUGGAGGUGGUGGAGGCGGCUAUGUCCCAAGGGGCCGUGGCAGGGCCAUGCCCACUCGUGCUAACUAUGAGAGUUAAUAUUGGUAAAAUCUAAAGCCUCAUCUGCCCUUCAGAACAGCAAACAGAAAUAGGGCUAUGCUAGUGUUGUGUUUUUUCCCUCCUUAUUUAUGCUUGUCCAGAAAAUAAAUAGAAGUAAAUGCCUUUUCCAGUAUCGAAUUGCCUGUCGGUCUGUAUGUGUUUCUUCCCUGACUUCAACAUUCCUUUUUAUUGACCUAAUCAAGAAGCACCGAGUUUAGUGAAAGAAACUUUCUGUUUAA